AUGUCUGCCUUUGUGCUGAAGCAGAUGUGCCAGCUCAUUACCACUGGAGUGAGGACUGAUAAGGGCUUCAAAGAAGUGCACCUGAACAAGGUGGCAAAGGCCCUACAAGAGUUACGUGGUCAUGAAGUUAGUGGUACCUGUGUGUACAACCACCGAGGAAGUGGAGGCGAACACAGGGCCAGGCCUUCUCAAGUUACCCUAGAUAAGGACAAGUCGGUAGCAUCUUCCAACUCAUCGUCGAUUCCGGGUUCGCUGCCAGCGAGAGUUGAUCUCAACAAACUUAGAGAGGCAAAGCGAUUUGCUGUCCUUCAAGCGCAGCAUGAGGGGUGCCUUGGAAGCUAUGAAAGCUUCGAUUCCCUCUUUGGGAAUUACCUUGUUCCUGUCAUCCCAACGAACGACUUCUUUGAUCAGGUCGGGACCAAACCAUGA